CGCAAUUGGCUGAGGCCGCCGGCUUUUUUACGUUUUGUGUACAUUUGGAGUGUGUGUGUGCGUGUGUGGAUGUGACAUGGAUUAAAAGUAUCUCCUACAAAUCCACAGGUUGCUGUUACCGCACAUGGAAUGUAUUUGCCGUCAAGAGAAGAGACUGUGAUCACAACAAAGGCAGACCUGACACUGUAUUUUCGGGAUUUUGGAGCAGCUGCGUAAUUGCGUCCUUAUUCUGCACGAUGACAGAAGUGGCCAGUCCUUCUUCAAUAAUGGACUCUGAGAUGAUGUUCCAACCAGAGUCAGAUCAGAUGUCCCCACUUGAACCCAAGUCUCCGCCCCUGGACCUGAUUGACACAGGGAAGGGGCUGAAGGUCCAGACAGCCACGCCUCAUCUGGUGAGCCUGGGCAGCGGGAGGCUUAGUGUGGCAAUCACCCUGUUGCCGCUAAAAGAAGGGGUGACCCGCAUUGGACGAGAAGAUGCUCCAAUUCCUCAAGAUAUCACCAUCCAGGGUCCUGGCAUCGAGGCAGAGCACUGUGUCAUCAUCAAUGAAGGAGGGGUGGUGACCCUGGACCCCUGUGGUCACCUCUGCAGUCUGGAUGGAGUGCAGGUCACUGUGCCCACACCACUCACACAGGGUUAUUCCCUGUGCCUGGGUAAAUCCUAUUUCUUCCGGUUCAACCAUCCUGAGGAGGCGAGCAGAAUGAAGAGCAUGCUUCCACAAAAGAGCCCCGUGUCAGCUUUAGCCUACAACACAGACUACCUGAAGUUUAGCAGCGACUAUAGUCAUGCAGUGGUGGGAGGCACCAGCAGCUCUAGGGGCAUGCGAUCAGCCUCAGAGCUCCAAGACUUGAUGGACACCCUGCAGCGCAAGAAGAUUGCCCUGGAGAACAGCCUGAGAGCCAACGGGAAUGCAAACCCCUCCUAUUUCAGCGUGACACAGUCUCCACCCACCACACCUAUCACAAGUCCUACCACAUCCUCAUCAGCCUAUCAGGACCAGGCAAGGCGGUUCUAUGGCUCAGAUCGAGCGGCCAUGUCUUUGAAAUCUGCGCCUCCUCUUUCCCCUGGAAGACGAUCCGACCCUUGUGCUCCUCUGGCCUCCCGCACCUCUGUCAGUCGCAACCAGGACAACCGGCUUCAGACCCCCAGCUCCUCUUCUUUGCACUCUACAUGGAAUGGUGGCGGCUCCUCCACUUCUGUUGAUGGUAGCAACAACUUCCUCCUCUCCCUUCCUCCUCCCUCCUCAUCCCGCACUCCAUCAGCAGGAGGUGCAGCCAGCAUGCCCUCAAGCCCCCGUCUUGGUCGCCGUAGCUAUGGCAACCAAGAGUCAUUGCCCACCAGUAGAACGAGGAAAUACUCAGCAGGCUCCCUAAAUGGGCUGAUGGGAAGUGGGCACAGUCGCUCGCUGCCCCGCCUCUGCCCCUCCCAAACUCCUUGUGAAAACAACAAUGGAGUCCUGACCUUGUCAACGCUGCCCCCACGGCGAUCCGAUGUUUCUGGUGGUUACAAAUUUAGCAAAGACCAUUACCACAACAGCCAGAAUGCCAGCCCUGACCUCAACCACAACUCGAGUAACUCCAGCCAGCUUUCCUCGAACAGGAAUCAAAUCCAGACCACAAAUCAGGCGAAAAGUGUUGUGUCUAUCUCCCUCUCCUCCCCUAAAAUCUUACCCUCCACAACCACCCCUAUCUCUUCCACAACUGCCCCACCUGAUGUGACCAUCCCAUCCAGGACGGGGGGUUCCUCUUCUCCUCGUGUGGCCAAAAAGCUCAGCCUGACCUCCACGAGCUCUAUUGGCUCCAUCAACUCCACGAGUUCCAGCCCUCCAGAAGUGGAACGGCUGGCCAGCCGCGGAGUCUCCCCAGGAGUGGGCAUGUCAUUGGGGGAAAAGGAAAGGCAAGGGGGGGGCCUUGAGCCCAGUGGAGCCCUGGGGCUUGGGCUUGGAGAGAGGAGGUCUUCAUUUGGGAAGGCAGGGCUGGGACCUGGGAUUGGUCUGGGUGAGAGAAGGCAGUCAUUUGGAAAGGCAGGAGUGACCCCACCAGGAGGUUUCAGGGAAAGAAGGGGGAGUAUCAGCUCAAUGAGCGGGAAGGAGGAGCUGACUGAUUACCACCAACACCAAAAAGAAGAGCGACUCCGUGAGCAGGAGGUGGAGAGACUGGAGCGACAGCGACUAGAGACCAUCUUGUCUCUGUGUACAGAGCUGGGCAGGUCUGAGAGAGAUGGAGGUGACACGACCACAAGUCCUCCUUCAGCUGUGGCGGAUCUCCAGAAGAUCAACCAGGAGCUUGAGAAGCUUCAGCUGAAUGACGACGAUGACGACACACCAUCUGUCUUUUCAGACUCUUCAGUUCUUAAUGGAAUAACAGGAAAUGGACACAUGGCCUCACCUGGAUCAGAGAAUGGCUUCUAUGAUGAUGAUCUACAGGUACGACGGAGGCGCAGCAGCGGUCAACGAGACAACAGGGCAGAAUCACCCGCUGUUAGUCUGCGAAGCUUUGCGCCCUCACCUUCUCCACGUGCACAGAGGACCAAUGAGGCUCUAGAUGAUGUGGCUCGUCGCCGCGGACAGGAAGUGAGGCCAUCAGAGGAGGAAGUGAGGCGCGUGGAAGAGGAGAGGAUCCAGGUGCUGAACAACAUGGAGGAGCUGGAGCAAAAGAUCAAAGAGCUGGACAACCAAAUGGAAGAAUCUGCACAAGAGGUGGAACUUGAGCGAGCUCUGGUGGAGGCCGAGCAGGAGUCCGAGGUAGCUGCUCUCCAGCAGGAAAAAGAUGCUUUGGAAGCACUUCACAACAAGAUGGCUGACCUGGAGACCAAGUCCCAGCAGGAAAAAGAAAAGGCGUGCGAGUUGCUACAGGCAGAAAGGGCCAGAGUAGAGAGGUUGGCUCAGAUUGUUUGUGAGCAGCGCUCCCAACUGGACAGCUGCCCUGAGGCCACCAAGGAGCCCCUGCAGGAGCAGCUGGCCAGGGACUGUGAGGUGCUCGAUGCAGAGUCGAAGCGUUUUGAGGACCUGGAGUUCCAGCAACUGGAGAGGGAGAGCAGACAAGAUGAGGAGAAGGAGACCCACACGCAACAGCUUCUCCGAGAGAUUGCAGAUUACCAGCGAAGCAUGGUCACUCGCAAGGAACGACUGCUAACUCUGAAGAAGCAGGCAACACAAAUUACCCAGCAGGCUCAGAGAGAGAAGGAGAGCUUCUUGAAGGAGAGGAGUACCCUCGAAGCAAUGCUGCAAAGGGAGAAAGAAAACCUCUCGAUGCUUGAAAGAAAAUAUGCCGACCUCACUGGUGGCCGAGGUUUCACUCUAAGGGAGGGCUAUGUCACAGUCAGUGAAAUCAAUGAGCUUUACUCACAACUUGGGGGGGAACCUAAACGCGCCCCUGCCCCCACUCUGGCCAAUGCCUCUCCUGAGUCUGAGGCAAACCGCUCCUCUGACGAUGACACCCCCAAACCACCGGAGGACGAGCAUUUCCGUUUGCUGGAAGAGAGGAAGAGAUCUGAGAGAGAAGGUGGCUCCUAUCUAAGUGACACAUUACCCAGGAAGAAAACCACACCCAUCAUGACCCCCCAGUUCACAUGUGCAACACUGGGACGCAGCUUCCCUACCAAGUCCCAUCAUCCCUUGGUACAGAGUACAAGUUGUGGCAGCAUUCUUCCAAGAAUUUUCUCCUUAUCCAACAAGGAAACAGAAUCUCGACGCCUGCAUAAAGGUCAGCCCGGCUCCAGAGCAGCUUCGCAGACCAACGUCUACCUCGAUGCCUUUGGGUUCCGUGACAACCAGGCCUUUGACACAAUGAGUGUGGACAGUACUGACUCCAUUGAAACCAGCAUCUCUGCCUGCUCACCUGAUAAUAUCUCAAGUGCUAGUACUUCAAAUAUGGCCAAGCUAGAGGAGAUGGAGCGUCUGCUGAGAGAAGCCCAGGCAGAGAAGAGCCGUCUCCUCGAAAACAAGGAGCAAGAGAUGGAAAUGCGAAAGCAGGCACUGGAGGAGGAGAGGAAAAGGAGGGAGGACCUGGAGAAAAGGCUACAGGAGGAGACAAGCAGACGGCAGAAACUCAUUGACCGUGAGGUGAAACUGCGAGAAAAACAAAGGGCACAGUCCCGGCCGCUAACGCGGUACCUGCCGGUGCGAAGGGACGAUUUUGACCUGCGGGCUCACAUUGAGUCGGCAGGCCACAGCACAGAUACAUGCUUCCACUUGUCCAUCUCUGAAAAGACCUGCCGGGGCUACUUAAUCAAAAUGGGAGGCAAAAUCAAAACAUGGAAGAAACGCUGGUUCGUCUUUGACCGCAACAGACGCACGCUCUCAUACUAUUCCGAUAAGCAUGAAGCCAAGCUGAAAGGAGUCAUCUACUUCCAAGCUAUUGAAGAAGUGUAUUAUGAUCACUUGAAGAAUGCACAUAAGAGCCCAAAUCCCUCCCUGACCUUCAGUGUGAAGACUCAUGACAGAGUCUACUACAUGGUUGCUCCCUCUCCUGAGGCCAUGAGGAUCUGGAUGGAUGUGAUCGUCACGGGCGCUGAGGGAUACACCCAGUUCAUGGUGUAGUGAAGGAGCGGGAUAUGCCAACGUGCUAUGACUCUUUGUGGCUUUAGAGACUAAGUUUUCUAUUCCUUUUUUUGGUUGUUUUAUCCCUGGACUUUUUUAGUGUCUGAAUGGAUGUUAUUGUCAUCAAUGCUGAAGAAUGAACAGUUUUUGUUUUAUGAAGACCGCUUUAGUAACUCAAGAUCAUUUUUGCAAGGUUUCAUCAUCAAAUUGUAGGAAAAUACAAGAUUAUGAUUUGAACAUUUUAAAGCAAUCGGAUUCAAUCCCAGAGACAUAAUGAUGUUCAGGAGAUCUGAAAUGUGCCACUGUGCCUUUGAGUGUGUUCAGGUGUACAUCAAGCUUAACUGUAAACGAUAUACAUGUUAAGUGUUAAAAAGCUAGUUUAUGAAAGCUUAUCACAACCUGUUUUCUUCAGAGAAGAGCAGACUGUGACUCAGCAGCUCCCUUUAACCAUAAAAAAAAACCUAUUACAGAGGAUUUUUAUGGUGGAGAUACUAUUGGAAAAAUUGAAGCAGAGUGAACCAAUUUGAGCUUUUAGUUUGAUCUAUACAUCUACAUCAUAUUAUUACAUCAACUAGAAUACAUAUCAGUUAAGAAAUGCUAAGUGCCAUUCAAAACCCUGAAUAGUUUUAACAUGUCACCGAAGAACUUGUGGUCAAUUAUGCUAAGGGUUUAAUCAACUUUUUGGCUGUUUUAGAAAAAAGAAUAAUUUUUAGACAAUUUUAUGUGUAUAGAUUAAAUAAUGCAUAUUCAUUUUGUAAAAGAAGUUGAGCAAAGUAUUUUAAAUGUCAGCUUUUCUUAUCAUUUCAUGUAUCGUUACUGUGGCAUUCUCAGGUCUUAACUGUGUGCAUGGAUGCGCAUGCAUGCAUUAUAUGAUCAUGUGCGAAUAUACACAUGUGCUAAGAAGUGCCUGUUUUUGUUUGCAUAUGUGCACUUCUAUUUACUGCGAGCUUCUAAUGUAGCUCAAAGGUGCUAUUGCUACAUGGUGAAUGACACUACUAAUCCAAGCCACGCCAUUGCAUUACAUAUUUCAAUUUAGGUGUAAUUAUGCAGUCAAUAGGAUACUGUGCUGGGUUUACAAUAGUGUGACCACAGGCUCAGAAAUGCAGCUCUGUUAAAACAGUGUCAGGUGUGUGAUUUUCCAAUGUAAAGAGUUCUCGAGGAAUAAUGACUUACUGAGGCACAAAUUGUGAUAUUUGUACAUUUUGUUUCUAAGAUGUAGUUAGUUUUACAAUAGUAAGGACAGUUAUUAUCCAUUAUCAACUCAAAAUUCCUGUUUGUGCCUUUUUUUAUAAGUCACAUUUUAUGUGACAGUAUUUUUACAUCUAUAUUAUCUAUAUUUCUAAAAACUACAUGUAUCUAAACACAAUGCCAAACUGUCUGUGGCGAGAAAGAAAACACACCAGUGUGGAAACAUGGUCCUGAGUGGUUUCGUGAGAAAGAACCCUUGUAGGAUUAAGUUGUCUUUUAAGAUGUCUGGCACAAAGAAUCUAUGGUACAUGUGCUCACUUAAGAGGCCUUAAGACAUCAAACUGACUGAUUAUUGUGCUGCUUUGGUCCACUAGCUUUCAUUUUAUCGCCACUUAUUCAAUGUUUAUUUAAAACUGACUAUUCUACAUCGAUCACUAAAGCUGCUUUCAUAUUGUGCAUCAUACUCAAUACUAGGUCUGAAUGAUACAGUCCACUGAUCAGUGCAUUUAUCAUCUUGCCUCAUCGCUUUUCUUUUUUGUUUAUUGACCAAAGUACAUGUUUAUGUGGUAUAUUGUAUAUGUGGUUUCUUUGUUUUGACUUCUCUUUGUUCAGUACAAUAUGAUCAAAAUUAUAUGUUUUUACAUGACAAGCACAUGGUCGUUUUCCACCAAUUGAAGCUGUCACAGUGGGAGCGUCCAUGAGCUUAAUUUUUUUUAAAUUUGUUUUAUGUAGAUCCUACUGUAUUUAUGCCAUUACAAAUGCAUGUAUCUUAAUUUUGUAUUUCCAUAUGAAUAAUAAAAAUAUAUUUUACCUUU